ACAGCAGACAGUCGCAGCAAACUUCGCUUCUCUCGGCAUGAUUUUCCACAAUAAAGCGCAGGAUGUACUCUCCCGGUUUAUACAGAAGGAAUUCUCGUGUCAUUCACCGUUUGCUGUCUUACUGAAGAAGCCGCACUUGCUACGAAGAAUGAGAAGUACAAGGUGCCUGCAGAUUAACUAGCGGUUCACGCAUGCUUCAUUCUGGGAACUGCAGCUAGGCAGGCAGGCAGGCAGGGCUUGAGGAAGCCUUAGCACGCUGCCGUUGAAGGUGGUGCUCUUGUGAAUUCAUUGAGUAUUGCCUAAGAGGCGGGUCUGCACGAAUCCCAUGGGAAAAAUCUCUCUCUCUCUCUCUCUCUCUCUCUCUCUCUCUCUUUCACCCAAAAAUCCCAUUCACUCUGCUCAACAUGGCGAUGCCAGGAGGAAUUACGCAAAAGCGACACGGAGCGGCUCCGUUGAUGUCUCCGACUUGGUGUGAAUUUGUAAACUCUCGGACCUCCUGCUGGUUAUGAUGUUGGAACGAUGGAUAAGUUUUCGGGUAACCUUUCCGAGAUCAAAUGGAGCUCGGUGUCCUUGCCUUUGGAUUUAAUAAUUAGCAAAUUCCGACUGCCAACCCUGGUGCGUCUCAGCCAAGGAGACCAUGUGGAAGGCCUGACAGAGCAGGACGUCAUACUCAUUCAUUCGUGUAGACAAUGGACCACGGUAACGGCUCACAGCUUGGAGGAAGGGCAUUAUGUUAUUGGUCCAAAAAUUGAUAUCCCACUGCAAUAUCCUGGAAAGUUCAAGCUGCUAGACCAAGAUCGAGAUGUGAGGGAGCCUGUCCAAUACUUUGGGAGUGUUGAGGAAGUAGCCAGUGUAUUUCCGGACAGAGUUUUUGUAAUGGAAGCCAUCACAUUUAGUGUGAAGGUGGUCUCUGGAGAAUUCAGUGAAGACAGUGAAGCAUACAACUUCACGUUGCAUGCUGGUGAUGAGCUCACAUUAAUGGGACAGGCAGAGAUCUUGUGUGCCAAGACUGUAAAAGAGAAAUCUCGGUUUAAUACGAUUCUACGAAAGCUGGGGAAAACCACCACUCUGAGCAAGCAGGUAAAAGGGAAGAUGCCCUGUUUAAUUUGUAUGAAUCACAGAACCAAUGAAAGCCUCAGUCUACCAUUCCAGUGUAAAGGCAAAUUCAGCACCCGCAGUCCACUAGAAAUCCAAAUGCAAGAAGGUGAACACACCAUCCGGAGCAUCAUUGAAAAAGUUCGUCUGCCUGUCAAUGUAACUGUUCCCAGCAGGCCGCCAAGGAAUCCAUAUGACCUUCACAUCAUCCGCGAAGGCCACCGUUACAAGUUAGUGAGCAUUAUCUCCAAGACUGUGGUUCUGUGUUGCAUUCUACGGAAAGAAGAGGUGGCCCCCUUUCAUUUUUUGCUGCUGACGGAUAUGCCCCGCUUCCUGUUGCCUGAGGGUCUCCUUCGGGGAGAUCCUGUGUUUGAGACAGUCACACAUGAGAGUUCGUUAUUUUGCCAGGAGCGGUUCAAUCCUGAUGAGUAUUCCAAGGCAGUGAGAGAGGUGAAAGCAGAUUUUACAGACGAGUGCACAAGUCCACGACGGAUCAGGGUGUGCUUACAGGGCUUAACCUCAAAUUCCUUGAACUAUGCACGAGAUGAGCUGACUCAGUCUUUUCAGCGACUAUCUUUAUGUGUUUACAGUGGUUCUUUGAUGCACGCUAAUGGUGAUCACAGCCAGAGUUGCAGAGACUCACUGGGAGAACAGCAAAUCAUGCCUCAUGAACUUUUAACACCAGCUGAAGGUAGUGAAAGUGAACGAGAAUAUGUAACUCCUGACUGGGCAGAAAAUGAAUUCAGGACUGUGGAACAAGCAGAAAUUCCAUAUGAGGAAUUAUGGACCAGUCCAAACAUGGGGAAUUUAACAGAUGUCAGUGGAAAUGUACAAAGUAUAGAAUGUGGAGUUAAAGUAGAUCAAAAUCUUAUUUCUUUCCAUUCAUCCACAUCAUCUUUGGAAGGACCUGUGGGAUCACCUAAUAUUGCAAUAUUGCAAAUGGAGGAAAGCAAUAAAGUGCCAACGCCUCCACCAGUACCUCCAAAAUCAGAAGCUGUGAAAGAAGAAUGCAGAUUUUUAAAUGCACCCCCAGUUCCUCCAAGAGGCAGCAAAUCAAUGUCUGUUCCCAGUCCACCAGUUCCUCCUCGAUUUCCCAAAGCACAGUUUCAACAAACACAGAUCCAGCCUGCACACUCUCCAAACCCAAGUUUAUCAUACUAUUCUUCUGGGCUUCAUGACAUCUCUGGAACUCGCAGUGGCAGCUGUUCGCCUUCUCCAGAUUCUUACUCUCUUUACUGCUAUCCAUGUACCUGGGGAGACUGCAAAUCUGUCGAUUCAACCACCCGCCAACUUUCAGGAAGCAAUGUCGCACCUGGUGUGCAACCAGUGCCGACUUCCUGGUCAGACCCUUGGGCUUACACAGAAAAUAUGCCUAGUGUGGCGAGUGGACGUUCCACACCUCUCCUCAGCACUGAUAUGGCUUAUAAAAGUUACUACAGUUGCCCAAGACUGAAACCCCCACAGUCACAGAAACGUUUUGCUCCAUUUGGUGCCCUGAACCCAUUUGCGAAUCCAGGAUAUUCGUGCAGUCCUUCCUCUUCUCCUGCUGACUGGCUAGACCCUGCAGAGAGGCAGAAGUCCCCAUCAUUGGCCUCUGAGGCAUUUGACCCUUUUGAUCCAGCAAACAGCCGAAGUGCCUCUCCUGAUAUUGCUUCUAUCAAGUCAGGAGAUAUGAGGUUCAGCCAGGAACUCCGGAACUGCCAGCAGGAGCAGGUGUAUAAAUCGAGUGAUGGGGGGCUGUGUCCACCCCCGCCACCUCGACCACCCAAGAGUUUUGAAGCUGAGAACAUCAUUAUCAGAAGCACAGCCCCGCUCUCUCCAACAAUUGUGAGAGGCGCAGAGGGCGGCAUUACUAGAGUCUACCUCACCCAAGGGGUUAUUGAGGUCCCACCUGUGUCUACCAGGAGCAACCCAGAGACUCCAGCAUCAGCACCUUCUUCCCAAGCUCCCAGCGUGCCAAGAGCAAAUGGGGAUGGGUCUGCCUGGCACCCUCCCUCUGACCUGUCCACACUAUCAGUGGAGGAGGUCUCCAAGUGCCUAAGGUUUAUUGGUCUCUCAGAGGAUGUUGUAACAUUUUUUGUACGUGAACGGAUUGACGGGAGCAUCUUUGUACAGCUGACGGAGGAGAUCCUUUCAGAUGACUUUAAAUUGACAAAACUGCAGGUCAAGAAAAUCAUGCAGUUUAUCAAAGGCUGGAGGCCUAAAAUUUAAUUCCAGUUUAGGUAAAGGUGUUGAUGGCCCUUCAAAUUACUACUGAUAGGGGGAAUGCUACCUGACUAAAUCGCAACAAAUAAUUGAAAAUAAAGCACAGAUGCUAUCAAAAGUGGGAAACUGAAACAGUUUUUUUAGGAGCAGAUUUUUCUUAAAUCAUGGAAGUAACAUAGAAGCUGUGAUGUAUAACAUUUGGCAGUGUAAUAUUUACAGGCUCAAUUUAUAUCAUCAAAGGCAGAAACAGGCUAUUUGGGGCAUUUACUUUUCUUACCAUGAAGAGGUUCGUUAAGUUCUAGUAGGAUUUAACUGCUUGUUAUUAUCAAGUGCUAGCACUUUAAAUCUGUCUAAAUUAAGCAGUUGUGA